GUCUGAAUUCUCCGCCUGAGACAUCCGCCAUCAGAUCACUGUCACUGCCCAGCCAAGGCCACCAACCGACGACACCAUUUUUGUUUUGGCAACGGCUGGGAUCUUCUGAAAAGAACUGAAAAAAAACCAGACCAUGGCAAAGGGCAACAAAGGCUCCGCCAAGGCAGCCACGAGCACCGCCCCUCCUCUUGCUGCUCCUGCUGCUGCUGCUCCCCCGCCCUCGUGGCCUCCCUUCGGGCCCGGCCUCCCUGUAGUCGACCCGCUGGCCUUCGAGGCGGUGGUGCCCGCCAAGGUCGUCGUGGCCCGCAGCUUCUUCCCCCGCUCGCUGUGCAGGGCCUACGUCGACUUCCUGGCCGGCCUGCCCCUGACCACCACCCCGGCCCGCCCCAAGAAGGGCGAGGCCGUGCGCCAGAACGACCGCUUCCAGGUCUACGACCCGGCCUUCGCCUUGCGCCUCUGGCGGGACACGGGCCUGAGGGAAGCGCUCUUGGGUCGGCUUGGUGAGAGCGAGGACGAAGGUGGCGACGGCGGCGGCGGUGGGCAGGAGCACGACGAGGUCCUCGACCCUCGUCUAUGGGGUGGAGAGGUCGUUGGUCUGAACCCCAACAUCCGAGUCUACCGUUACACAAAGGGCCAGCACUUUGCGCCUCACUACGACGACUCCAACAACGUUACAGUCACGGCAGACGACGGCAAGACGGCCAUCCCGGCCAAGACCACCUGGACCCUCCUGCUCUACCUCACCUCUGCGGCCGACGGCGGCUGCGCCGGGGGCGAAACCGUCUUCUACACCAGGGACCGCGUCUCGGCCAAGGAGGAGGUCGCCGUGGAGCCCGAGGCGGGCCUGCUGCUCCUGCACAAGCACGGCGACGACUGCAUGCUGCACGAAGGGCGCGAGGUCACGGCUGGCGAGAAGUGGGUCAUCCGGAGCGAUCUCUGCGUGAGGAAGUGAGACGGUGGGAGGGGAAAAGAAAGGACAACAGAUAGUGCCCACCUAUUAUUAGUCUAUAUGUUUAUGACCCCUCGAGUACCGUUGGGUGCCCGACUCCCCGGCUAGCCUUCCAUCUCGGCCCAGCCAGUGAAAAGGUUUCCGUCCGGGCCGGAAUGGAUUCUAGCGACGUGUUCAUAUCUUGGCGGCCAGGCACCCAACGACACUCAAGCGCAUGCACAGUUCCCAGGGAUCGGAAUUGUUGAUGUUGUCAUGUUUGUUUUGUUUUUGGAUGUAGUGAAAGAUAUCCUCCCGUUCUUGAAAUUGGCCUUAUAGAAAUGACCUUAACCUGACAAGCCUUGCCCGUACCG